UACUCGUGAAUAACAGAUAUGACUAAAGUCAAUUUUAUUUCCUGGUUGGUUUUCAUUUUGUUCGUAUUAUACAUUGAAACUUCUGUACAAAGCAAUCACGAUUUAGAAACAUUAUUAAAAGAUAUUAAGUCAAUCGACAGCCAGCUAAAACUACGUCCGUGUAAGGAAGACUAUAUUCUUAAAGAUGGUAAGACAUUUCAAGACUAUUCACUUUGGAGCAAUGAAAUCGGAACAACAAACAAUGUUGCAAAUUAUCUUACAUCGAUGUGGCGGUAUAAAGACGAGAUUAAUCGUUCCUUGAUCGAGAACGAAAUGGCUAUAUACACCUUAGCAAAGACUAUAGCAAUGUCGUCUGAUAAUAUCUAUGGAUCUGUUGUUUGCUUUGACGAAAAUAAAUUCCAACAGAGACGGCAAUUUUGUCCGUACGCUUUUAAAGAUAGCAAGCGUGGAAAACGGGCAAUAACAGUUCAUGACUUGGGAAGAUUUAACGACUAUCUCACAACCCCUACUCAUGUGUUAAGGCGCAAUAACACAUUUACAAAAUACAAUUUCAACUGGUGGCAUGCUGGUAAAAAAUAUCUUUCAAACGCCACGCAGCUUAAACAGAACACUGUAUAUUUCGAUACAAACUUAGAUAAGCCGGCCAGUAAUAGCCUAAACAUUUCUGCAAAUGGGACAUCCUAUAAUAUCACAUCGAAUUAUAUUCCCUCAAGCUAUGGAAAAUGGACUACGCCGUAUUAUGAUUGUUUUGGUGGCCAGACUUGGAUGAUUACGUAUUUGGCACCGUUAUACGACGAAGCUGACACAUAUUUGUGAGUAUUUUUCCAGACAAAUUAGGCGUUCAUAUCUUAGGUAAUGUUUCUCGAGAUCAGGAUCAAUAGUCGAGUCACAGAAUGCCGGAAUAGAUUUCGAGUUCUCGACAACUAUUCAAAUUUUAAUGAUUAAUUGUUUUAAUGUAAAUUCAGUAUUGAAAAAUAAUAAUUUAUACAAACGUUCUAAAUAUAAUUUACUUCACUCUUUCGCUUUUGAUUCAGUUAUCGAAACCUUGCCCCCCGAUUCUGUUAUUUUCCGAGUUAAAAUUGCCAAAUUAAUAGUUCUAGGCAUCUGAAAGGUGCCUUUGUCUUUCAGAAAUAGGUCGCCAUACUAGUUGUUGAUUCUUUUGCUUUUUGAGAAAUAGUAUGAGCUUUAAUUUCUUCUUCAAUGACUUGUUUGCAAGUUGAUUUUCCAAGUCAAUUUCUUUUGAAAGCAAUAGUUACUGCAACUUUGUACCCAGGGCCUGCCCGCCCGAUUUUUUAAUAUGGCUGCCAAAGCGGGGGAGCACCAGGUAAACGCUGGUUACGUGUCAGGCUAAUACUCCAAGAUUCUUGGAGUAUUAUAGCCUGCGAGCGAGCUUUAUGGAAAUAAAGACAGGGGGUGACGAAAAUUUCACGAAUAGAACUUGAAUAGCCACGGAUUAGUUAUAUUUUUUUAUUUUUUGUUGUAAUAUUUCUUUUUAAUAUGUGACGUUUAUAUAUACGUCGAAUGUACACCAAUCUUCUUUUAUAUCGCAUCAAAUAAAUUGCCGAAGAGGCGAUGUUUCGAAUUUCGAAGGAAAAUAUUGGAGCCAACCUCGUACAUACUAAUUUGUGAUAAUUUCCAUCAAAUAAAAGGUAUAGAGUAUAAAUUUGAAAAUAUUUAGAAGUAUUUCAUUGUUACAAAUUAUUCAGCAGAUUCCCAUUAUUUGCUACAUUGACUAGCUCUAUGAAAUAUAUAUUUCGAAGGCUAUUUAAUAUAUUUUAUACAGUAUGUUAAAUAUAGUUAGCUGAAUUUGUAGUUUAAAUAUUGAGAAACACAUGGUCAAACUAUGGCCUAUAAUAGUUAUACUAUACUCAGACUCCAAGUAAAGUUCUACUCUCACAUGAAUAUUAUUUAAAAUAUUAAUUUAUCGUUGCGAGAAACGUGUUUACACUUACAGUACUAUUAAACUACAGUUUACAGCAGUAUUACCUUCAAAUACUUUGUUUUUACAUUUACAUUUAAUGACCUGAAAUUGUUUAAAUGAGCCAUUACUGUAAUAACAGAGUGGCCAGGUUGACAAAGCUAAAAUCUGAUCAACCUAACCUGCUAGGAUAUUUCAAAAGUCAAACAUCAGUUUCAGCAUUUAUUCAGCAUUUUUUAAUAUUAGUGAGUUAAUGAGGAUUUUUAAUAUCCAAGACAACUGCUGGUCAGGGAUUUUUUAGGGAGAAGGUUCAGCACCCCAUCGUAAAACCUGCCCCCAAAUCUCAAAAUUUCAUUAUUUUGUUCCCUGGCCCCUACAUUUAUACCUUUUGUGCCCUUGAGAUCUUUAAAAAACAACUCUGCAGUGUGACAUAUGUAACCUUGUUGCCAUAAUUAAUUUCUGAAGGCUUCAAUAAACUUCUUCUCUUACACCUGACAGAGAUGGCGGCCAUAUGUAUGAACAAGAAGAAAUAAUUUCUUCAUCUAUUGACCCCUUUCACCAAAUUUUUAAAUUAAAUUUACUGAAUGAUUUUGAAGUUUUCUAGAUUAUUGAAAAGAACUUUAUGGGUACAAGAAAUGGGACAAAAACAGUUGAAUUAAGCAAGAUGCAAGUAACAAUGAACAAGACCGUGUCACUGGAUAGUAUUUCAGCACACCGGCGGACAUGCAACCUAAUAUCUGUACAGUUUUACACUGUACUAGAGAUUCAGAAUGAACAGUCCAUAUGGUUUUUUCAAUCACCUGCAUGCAUGAAUAAUUUUAUGUUGUGAAUAUUUUUUUUUUUAAUAUUCUCACUUUAUAGAUAAUUAUAUAUCAAUUUUUAAUAUUAUAAAUGAAUAUAUAGUUACUGCAGCUUUUGAUUAUACAAGUUAUAAUAAUAUUUCAGCAACUUAUGACUGGUCUCUCUGAAAUCCAUAUAGAAAGGUUCAAAUUUGACUUCUACUACCACUACUUGAUCUGGCAGUUGCAUCCGAUUGUUUGAUUGGAUAAAUGAAACUUAUCUGGUUAAUAGGUAAUGAUGACAAUAGCAGUAGUGGAAGUCAAAUCUGAUCUCUCUAUUAUUUUUUGAAGUUUUGCUCUAGUCACUUCAAUUCAGGGUUGCCCAUGUAACUUGGUUAGCACAGCUAGCUCUUCAAGGUGGAGGUCCAAUUAUUAGGAUUCUGCAAACUAAUUCUAGAAAACUAGAUUUGGUUUGGGCUAAGCAAAAAUUAUCACACUUGUUUACUGAUUUAUCAUGCUGAUUUGGUUAAUUGGUUGUUUAAUUUAACAGUUAAAGUCCAGGCUGCAUGUUUUUUUUUACACAGGAUGACCUCAAGGCUCUUCCUCUGAAACAACACUUGGUUGCGAUAUCAUCCAGCAAGUGAAAAAAUGCACUACCACGGUCAAGGAUCAUUUGGCAUGUUCAUUAACUAUGUUAACCCAUUGAGUGGCGGCAUGCACUGUCCACUUGACGAGUAAAAUUGUCUGGCAUUAGACAGAGUAAACUAACAAAGUAUGGUGCAUUGCCACUUAAAGGGUUAAAAACAAAUACCACAGAACAAUACUUGUACAUAUACAACAACAAUCCUUUUAUAUAUUUAAUGACUUCAUAUUUACAUAUUGUACUGAAAUAUAAAACGAUGAAAUGAAUGUCCAUAUAUAUUAGAUGUCCAUGAACUUGUUUCUAUUUUUCUAUUUUGUAUAAGUUGUCCGUCUACAAACCACCUUUUAGUCAUUAUACAUUAUACAAUAAUUAAAUUUGAAUUCAUUUGCUUCGCAAGUCGCAACACACUGAACAAAGUACUAAACCAUGUAAACCUGUGCAAAUGGUCGAGCGUCUUGAGCGACAUAUCCAAGUAUUUUAAACGGCUCAUUCGAACAAAUCUCACUUUUCAACAGAAAGUAUUGAUCCAUUUGAUCGAUCGCCAUACUUUGAGAAAAGCUUGAAAUGCAAAAUUCACAGGGAAGAUUGAAUAAUUUCUGAAAUUAAACUGUUUGUCUUUGAGUUUCACCUCUAGUAUUCAACCCCCGGUUGAGAAAAGUAACAAUUACGUAAAGUUGGAGUCACGUGACCAGCGUUUACCAGGGCUAUGCCGCCGCUAUUAAUUUGCGGCUAGUCCUGGCUACGAUAUUGUAGUUACUGUUCAGAGCAGUCUGCGCAUUAUCUAUUGCCUCAGAUUUAUGCAAUACUCAAUUUAUACUAAUUAACUAGAAAGUAUUUGGAAAUGGCCAAUCCUGAACGCCGGCUCGUUGAAGUGUUGCCAUGACAACACGAUUUUUUAAAUUUUCAAUUUUUCUAUAUUUCUUUGACCAAAAUGGCAAAAUAGUUGAAAGAUUAGGACUUUUAGCUAUAAAACAACAAAUUUCCGAAAUAUAUACUGUAGAUAUGUUAUUCUGUUUUUUGUGUUUUGAUUUAAUGUAAAAUUUAACUUGAAACUAUUGAAACUACAUUUGCCGUAAACAUAGGCCUAAUAUGUUCAAAUUGUUCGGUAAUUGCAGUUCCGACUUCAAAUCAGCUUGUUCUCCUUUACAUUUUAAGCUUUUUUUUCUUAAAUUAGACAGGGUAAUUUGGUUAGGAAUCUUACAGCUUCAUUGGAAAUGAAAAUAGUUCAUGUUUUAGGCAAAAGUUUAAGCACCAAAAUUCAUAAACAUUAAUAAUUCAAAGCAAACUUGCUCCAUUUUUUACGAUUUCCCAUAGUCCAUAAAUUUUUCAUAUUUCUUCAAACAUUAAUUGCUUCAAAGCUCAUUGUGUGAAACGUGAUUUUCCAAAUAUAUGUUUUUGGAAAAUUGAAAUUUUGCUUAUCCCACUCCUGGCAAACAGCCAUUUUUUUGAGAUCAGCGAAGUCCACCCAUGAUCAGUGAAGUCCACCCGUUUAGACGCGUAUUUCAACACGAAAAUUACUGUUGUAAAUAAAGCCUUUAGGGGGCCCUGGUUUUUUAAUUUUUGGGAAUUAUUUCAAUGAAAUCAGAUAAAAUAUAAAAUUUUCGAAAAAUUUGCCGCUGGGAUUUGCGUUCAUCGCUUAGUUUUGAAAUUAUCCGCAUUCAAAAAACGGCGUAUGCAAGGUCACUCUCGAAUAGGUCAAGAACGUGUUAUAAUUCCAAAGGAAGUGAAGUGAAGUCAUAUAUAUCCGGAAAUAUUUAAGAGUGGCUCGGGGCAUUUGAGAAAGAAGGCAUUUUCACUGCGAUUUUGGAGUUAAAUUUUCUGGCAAUCGGUCACUACACGACUAUAAUUUUGCCAGCAGUGGCAUAUAGCACUACAGUAAAGUAAAGUAGAAGAACCGCCGUUUAUGACUGCCUCGUUGGCCCAGUGGCGUGCUGGGUACUAUUUUUCUGGGGGCAGUGGGCUAUCAACCAAUAUGCGCCCCUAUAAUGUGACGCUUGAUAAACGAGGGCCGAAGGCACGAGCCGAGCGCCGCAGGUGCGAGGUGUUCCUAGGGGGGUCCUGGGGGCAUGCCCCCUCCCCCCCGGAAAAUUUUUAAAUUUAGAGUCUCUGAAAUGAUAUUUCCUGGACUUUGGGGGGAAGAUUUGUCAGGAAACGAGAUUAUAACGAUUCAAAAUUUGCAAUUUGGUUAGAAUUUCCGUAGAGGAACUUAAAUUGGUACGGUAUCAGUUUUACUAUAAAUCUUUAUUUUAGAUUAAUUGUGGAGGAAUAAAGUCACUCGUUGAGUAUAUUUGUAUAAAAUAGUUUGAUUUAUAAUAAACGCCGAUCUCACUAAUAACUUGUAAUGUUUUACUAAAACGGUGUGCUUGCACUUUAUUUAUACGAAUCUGUCAUGUUUUUUGUCAAAACAUACAAAAAGAGUUUUAAAAUACUAUACAGUAUAUCACUUGAUAGUUAGUACAAUUUUUCACGUGUUGUAUCGAAUGUUGAUAACGUCAAGUAUUGCCCAUAUCGAUCGAUCGAUGUUCUCCAAUGUCUUUAAUGUUUCAAUAACCAUUGUCGAUUUCUAUAGCAUUUCUAAACAUUUUCAUAUAAGCGCCUUCGACAAUUCUAAUGUCAGACCUCCAAGGCGGUAAUAAUCUGCUCCUUUUUCAAAUACAUUAAAAUCUUCCGUUCAGUGCCGGUCAUAAGUAGCAAUGCUUCAAGUUUUUCUUGAGAUAAAGACAAACGUGUGCGGGUUUGAUUCGAAUUGCAACUGCGAUCGCGUAAACUUUACAAAGAGUUGGAAAUGCAUCCACUAGGUGGUAAUCAGGAUUCGACAAAAUUCUCAGAGCUUCUAGAAAUGAUUGUUUAUCCUUGUCCUUUGGUUCUUCAGCAGUUCCGUCGUCACUUGACUCGCUGUCGGUUUCUUCUUCGUAGUCUUCGGUUUCAGAUUCAGAACCGGAGUCUAAAUCAGAAUCUUUCUCUUCUUCUUUCGGUCUUCAUCAAAAAUCACUGAACACUUCGAUUUUUGAAAAGAUUCUGCAAAGUUGAGCAGUUCAUCUGCACAUCGGUGCGAGUCGAUGUCAGUGGUACACCAUGCCGUUCAAGGUUUCCUUGCCUGGCUGCCAAAAGGGUGCGCGUUUCAGCAUUAUCUUACUACUCACAUUACUCGAUGAGUUAUGAUGUUUCUUGUUCAAACAACUAAAUUGCGUACACAACUUUACAUUAUCAUAACUAUCUAAUUUGCGCCGCUCUCGUGAUUCGUGAAGCAAUAUAAAGGCAUAAUAUAAGGGCAUAAUACAAGCAAAAAAGGGAAUAAUUCCCGUGAUCGCUUCGAAACCUGGCCAAUAUUCCGGUUAUGCGACAUUGCGUGUGAUCACUGAUCAUGUUUCUAUAUGAACGAUUUCGUGUGAGGUAGCAAUACUGGCUGGUUAGACAAAAUAGUCUGUAAUUUAAUAUAUCACUUUGUCGCCUAUGCGCUCAGUCUGUUUAUAAGCCUAUAAACACAUUUUUUCUUGGUGGAAGUAACUAUAUUUUUUCAAAUGCGUUUUUUCCUACCCACUUUCAAAAUUCGACGCAGGAUCGGCGCCCCCUUUUCAUUUUUGCGCCCCCAAAAAUUGCCAGCUGAGGGGGCCGUGGCCCCCCGGCCCCCCGGCUCCCCUGCCAGCACGCCACUGCCGGUUGGCCCAAUCUUUCUGCUUUUGACUUGAGAGGAUAUUUGCAAAUCGGGCAAACACUGAUGUCUAGUAGGUUACACUCGAGGUGGAAAGAGUGUUUACAGCCUCAAAAAAUGCGACACAAAGGACUAUCACGACAGCAUUCGAUCACUGAUUUUGAGAUCAAUACAUUCGAUUUUAUCACAUUUGCUGUGUCAAUGGAAAUUGAAGGUAUAUACCUUAUAUAUUUCACAUAUAAACAUAUACCUGUCAAUAUAUGAAAAGUGUAUUUCAUAUUUUUUCGAGCACCAGAUUGCCAGUCAACAAAAGGUUACUUAUUUGCUUUAGUACGCAGAUUUUCCUAUAUGUUUUAUAUAAUUGUAUAGAAAACAGUAAGACCACUGUAUAUUUUUAUGACCAUGAAAUCAAAAACUAUUUACUAAAGCAUGGGUUGGGUUGGCAGAAUUUCAAGAUGUGGUUGGGUUGAAAUAUGCUGUAGAUUCCCAAGCAUUGAUUUCCGUAAGUAAGAAGAGCAGCUUCGUAGUAUAGCCUCCAUGUUGUUUUCUUGUAAUAAAUAGUACUACCACACAUGCUUGAAUAACUCGUGAUUAAUUUCAACCCUGGGUAAUUGAAACGAUUGCAUGACAACAUUUUGGACCCGAGUCCCUGCUGACUGAAGCAGGGUGCAAUCUGGUGCUCGAAAAUGUAUAUGAAUCAUAAGCAUGAAAUGUAUAUGUUUAUAUGCGAAAUAUAUAAGGUAUAUACCUUCAAUUUCCAUUGACACAGCAAAUGUGAUAAAAUCGAAUGCAUUGAUCUAAAAAUCAGUGAUCAAAUGCAGUCGUGAUAGUCCUUUGUGUCGCAUUUUUCGAGGCCGUAGGCACUCUUUCCACCUCGAGUGUAACCUACUAGACAUCAGUGCUUGUCCGAUUUGCAAAAAUCCUCUCAAGUCAAAAGCAGAAAGCUUGGGCCAGCGAGGCAGUAAUAAACGGCGAUUCUUCUAUUUUGCUUUAGUGCUAUAUGGCCACUGCAGGCAAAAUUAUAGUCAUGUAGUGACCGAUUGCCAGAAAAUUUAACUCCAAAAUCGCAGUGAAAAUGCCUUCUUUCUUAAAUGCCCCGAGCCACUCUUAUAUAAAUAUUUCCGGAUAUAUAUGCCUUCGCUUCACUUCCUUUAGAAUCAUAACACGUUUUUGAACUAUUCGAGAGUGACCUUGCAUACGCCGUUUUCGAUAAUUUCAAACUAAGCCAUGAAACGCAAAUCCCAGCGGCAAAUAUUUCGAAAAUUUUAUAUUUUAUAGGAUUUCAUUGAAAUAAGUCCAAAAAAUUAAAAAACCAGCCCCCCUCCCCCAAGGCUUUACUUACAACUCUAAUUUUCGUGUUGAAAUACUCGUCUAAACCAGAAGUAGUAACAAUGUACGCGUUCUGAUUGGCUUAGCGCUAAAAGGUAAACAAAUGCUCUGAUUGGUCGAAAACAAAAUUCAUCCUCGUUCCGUACAGCAUGAAUGACCCGGGAGGAACCCAGACAUAUCAUCAGAAAAAAACCCGGAAGGAAACCUUGCAGCAGUUCGUCGAAUUUAACCUUCUCAAAAAGUUUUGAAAUGACUGUCAGUAGGGUUAUCGGGCGGUAUUUUUGUUUAUUAGUUGAGUCACCUUUUUUGAGUGCAGAACAGACGUUACUCAAUUUCCAUUCACUAGGCCAUGUUGCGUUGACUAUACAAUAAUUAAAUAAUUUUGCAAGCGGCGCAGUUAUUCCAUCUGAGGAUAGUUUAAUUAAGCAACUUAGGUGAUAUAUUAUCAUAACCAGGUGCCUUGUUGACAUUAAUUGCGUUAAUCAAUUCUUGUAUAUAAUUAGAAUCAACUGCUUGAAAGGAAAACACCAUAUUUGAAUGCUUUCAUUUCUUAUUUCUUGAACGCUUUGGUGGUUCUCAAAGUUCUCUUCAGGAAUGUCAACGAUUUUGCCGAUUACUAGCGCUGUAUAAUAUUCGAUCAUUAAGGAAAUAAGCAGUGUCAGCAACGAGUUUCCCAUCAUCAACAACUUGAAUUUGUUGAUCAGUCUGAUUCUUUGACGUAGGGAGGAGAGGCUUCAUUUUCUUCCAGAAUUCAGCACUCGUUGUUGAAGUUGAAUUUGAACAGUAAUUCCUCAUCGCCUCACGCUUUAAUUUAGUAGCCCAAUAUUUCGCUGACAUUUGUAUCUCAGCCAUGUUAAUUCGUCACGCUGCCGGCGAAAUUUCUUAUAAGGACGAUUUCUUAGUUUUGUUUCACGUUGGAUGAUUGAGUUUAUCCAAGACAAAUGUCUAUCACGCAUGAAUGACCUUUUUACAGGGGCAUUGGUGUUCAAUAUAUCAUAAAGCUUUACCCAGUGCUGCCAUACAUCAUCUAUGUUAUCGUAUAGACAUGUAUAUAUGAACUAUCUAAUGGCGCAUUUAAUGGUCAGUCGUAAAAGCUGUUUUGUCCAAAUUUUUAAUUGAGCGGAAUUCAAUUGAUUUUCCCUUGGAGGUUGGGAGUCUUUGCUUUCGGAAAAUAUAUACUAAAUCGUGCUCGCUCACUCCAGUAUGUAACCUCCACUGGUUACAAAUCUUUCGACCUUAGAUACCAGUAACCUGAAGUUCAGGCCCUAAUUUGAAAUAGGGCCUGACACAAAACCUGUCUAGACUGUGGGGCGCCCACAUGUUAUUUUUAGACACAACAUGCAAUAUGAUUGACAAGUAUUGUAGAUUUCGUUACACAAAAAAAUUAUAUUCUCAUGAACAUGUGCGCAGAGUUUGUAUUUUGCUUUAUAAUUAAACUUAAAAAUUCAAGGUACUUUUAUAUAAUUAAGAGUCAAUUUCUCUAUUUAACCGAACAGCAAACAAAGAUUUAAUUAGUCAGUUCUGUGCAUGGCUUCACUGCCAAGCUUUCUCAAGGUCUCAACUUCCUGGACGCGGAUAUACUCUAACGGGCUAUUAAACAACAGCAACAAUGAAAUUCUCAAUCGUACCACGAAGAAGGCGAUGUAGCUCAGAAAACAACGCCUGUAGCACCUGAUAUUAAAAAUAAGACUUUUGCAACAACAAGCUUUCGAAUACAUGACUAGUUUGGCUGUUCUUUCAGCGUCGUGUGUCCAAAAUUCAAUUCGUCCAAGAUUUUGAUAAAGCUCUUUCAAAAUACUGUUUGUUUGAUUUAUUUUCUUCCAUAAAGCAUAAAAGAAAAGAAAUUCGAAGAAAUCGAUAAUGGAAUUUGUUAGGUGCGUUUGACCUUUAUAUUAUUAAUUGUCGCCUUUGACCGAGCUAUUUUUAAAACUGUUGUUUAUGUAAACUUGCAACCAAUCAAAAUCCUUCAUGAUGCAGAUCAACCAAUCAGAUUUCCCGUCCACCAGGUGGACGGGAAUCCCACAGUUUAGAUAGGUUUUGUGUCAGGCCCUAUUCCAUAAUAGGGCCUGAACUUCAGGUUAAGAUACCAGUAUCACAUCGAUUAAAGUUUUGGAUGUUUUUGUCACUCUAGAGGGUUUACUUAUCAUGUUUUUAAGCAAAACUGGUCACAAUAUUCUGCUAAGUUCCCGUUAGGUUCCUCAGGAUUUUCUGGACCUGUUAGCAUAUUUAGAUUGAAAUCACCAAUAUAAAUCAGUUCAUUACGUUUGUUGAAUAUCAAUUCAGUGGCACUUGAGCAUGACGAAAUGAAAUAAUUAACCUUGAAUUUACUGGGCGACCUAUAACAUGUACAGACAAGAAACCAACAAUUGUUGCAACCUUUAACAUCCAGACAUAUGGAUUCAGUACCUUCCGGCUCGAAGUUCAUUCUCCUACAAAAGACGACUUUGUUAUGUAUAAAUACCAACAGACCGUCAGCUCCCCGCUUUCUAUCUCGUCGAACAAUGCGAUAUUGUGGAUGACUGAUAAAAAGAUGUGAUACAGUAGCAUCAAGCUUACUCUCAGCUAUAAAUAACAAAUCAAAUAGAUUGCGUUUAACAUCGAUACUACUUCAUCAACCUGUUUACGUUUAAGUGGCCAAUCUUCGUAUUAUUCUUGUAAUAGCUGCCAAUGCUUUCUUCAUACCAGUCAAGUGAAUAAUUAGUUGCCUUCGAAAGGCCUAAAACUCGGGAUGAUACAGCAUUAAUAUGUUGUUCUGCACAACUUACACGGCCAUUAUAUCAAAAUGGUGAAGACAUCCAUUGAGAGACCAUCACCAGACAUCCAUUGCGUCACCAUCGCUUAUUGGUUAAGAACAUUCAUUUACGUUUUUUGGCUUUGUCAUCAAUAUUUAAAGUGAUAAAAUACUUCAGAUAGAUCGCUAUUAUGAAUUUGGUUUAUAUUAUUGUGUUCACAUCACAUAUACAGGUAGUUAACUUUUAAAGGGGGAGGGGCGGUUCAAAUCCGCCAACGUGAUUUGUAUUUACUAGUAGAUUUGACCACUGGCGGGUCCAUACCACUAGUAGAUUUGCAUGGACCAGGCAUGGAUAUGGACCGGGACUCCUAAUCUACGGGCAUGAAAAUCAACUGGGACAACCGCAAAUAUAAGUGCCAUUCUCUGAGCCUAGCACAAAAUAAGAGCCAAACCAAUCAUCAGCCUGCUCACACAUGUUUGCGUGACCAGAGUAGUAUAUCGAACAAAGCAAACGGAAAAUUACGGCAACCAGAUUUUAAAAAAAAUUUAAUUAAUUAAAGCGUGGAUUAAGUUGCUCAUAUGGCUAAAAUCCUAAAACUUUGAAUCAAUUAAAUAGGCGAAUAACAAAAGAACGAAUGAUCUUGACAUGAAAUUUAUGCUACAUACAGGGCAGGAGUAGAUGUAUCUGAGUCAUAUGUUGUUGUUAAAGUGCUUAUGAAACGAAAACUUUGCCUCAUGUCUUAUUGUUUUAAUUAUUAACCAAAAGGUACUGCUUAAAUGAUGAAGAAUGACGUUUACAGUUUAUUCGUAUCUCAUCUCAUUUCCAAGUUAUAGCACUUUGUAUAUUUUGAAUUGUGACGUCAAAAGUAUGACUUGAGCUAGUGGCAAUAACAAGAAAGUCUGAUAUUUUGGUAAUCGUUUAAUAAAAUUCAAUGAAACUUGGCGCAUAUAGUGAGAGAAUCAAAAUCAAUAAUGUGGCAUGUUUAUGUGGUUCUUAUGGCAACACACUCCUCCCCAACUGCUUCUUAAUAUCUAUAUGAUCCAUUUCCAACGAAAUAAAUAUCAAUAUCUGAAAUUUUCGCUUAUUACUAUAAUACGUGUGGUGCCAGAGUUUGCCAGAGUUUUGCCCUAUGGAGCUUUCUUCCUUUCUCAAAUUCAACCCAAUUGAGCCGUUUCAACAGUACUUUGGAAGAUAUUGCUUAGUUUGUCCCGACACUAUGCGUUCAGAUCUGUUUUGAAGUCUUUGCAACUUUUUGGAGGAGGUUGGGGAAGCGUGUUCAAUGAUUACGUCUCAUCACUGCCUCGUCUCCAGGCGCUAAUUAAAAAUUUCAUGCGAGUCACUAUAUGAAAGAUUUACAUGAAGUAGUGCAUCGCGAUGAACAAGCGCAGGGGGAUAUGGGCUUGAGGCAUCAAAAUUGAGGAGCGCCUGGGAGAUCUUGUGCCGUUUCUUGCAAAAUUCGUCUGUUUCUUGCAAAUCGUUGUUUUUCGACAGUUUUGGGGCUUUUUUUGCCAUUUUUUUUGAGGAAACAACAUUUCAAAUUGUUCAAUUAAACAUGUGAUUACAGUCAGAUGAUUUUUGAUAUCUUUUAACGCUUUGAAUGAUUCCGAGAUCUCAACACUUGAAGAGUUCUACGGAGCUGUAGAAGCCGGUUAAUAUAAUAAAUUUAGAAGGUAUGGAAAAAUGACAAUGAAUUUUUAUCACAACGAGCAAUUUAUUUCAAAAAUAUACAGCUACAAGACGUUUUUUAAACAAGGGAGCGAUGCGACUUUAUUUUAAAUUGCAUUUGCAAGAUUCGUCUCAGGAUUUCAGUUACGUGCUUAUUUACAUGCAGUAUGUUUGAUUUUCACGAUGCAAACGAUCGACAAUAUUUUGAAUAAUUCAGAUAAGGAUAGCUUUAUUUCUUUGUGGUGAUAUACAUGAAGGGAUUUAUAUUUAGAUCUGUUGUUUACUUGUACGUUCGACAGCUAUUUAUACAAGAUCGGCCAGGCGCUAACCAGAACGCUCAUAUCCAACUCCCCUUUGCGCGCCUAGAAUGUGACGCACUACUUCAUGUAAACCUUUCAUAUAGUAACUCGCAUGAAUUUUUUUUUAUUAGCGCCUGGGGACGAGGCAGGUCUCAUCAUAUGUUGCCCAGUAUUGGUUGAAAAUUUUUUGCCAAUUCGAAGUCAAACCGGGCUGAACAUCUUCUAACAUCAGCCAAAAUUACCUGGGAAAUAUAAUUUCGAGGAUUUUGUUUAUUCUAGAUAAUUCGAGCAUAUAAAGAGGACGACAAUUAAGGCACAUUUUAGAAAAAAAAUGUGAAUACAGUUUCGAGCGGUAUAAAUACAUCUUUGAUAUGAUAUGAUAUGAUAUCAUAAACAAAAAUAAUAACAGUUGCUAUUUUCUGUUUUAGGGGUUGUGUAACUUUUGACAUCGAGCUAAACUCGAUUGAAAUUGACCAAUGUGAUGCACCGGAAACAAACCAAACUUGGAAGAGUACACUUCACUUUUAUGGCACCCACGCAUGUCGAAAUGAGACAACUGAGGUAUACUAUUGAAUCAGUGUGACGUUUGUACAAGAGUAUUUAUUAAAGUGUGACGUUUGUACAAGAGUAUUAUUAGUGUGACGUUUGUACAAGAGUAUUAAUUUAACAUGAUUUCAACAAUUAUUAUUUUCAUUUUCAAACCAAUGGUGUUCCCUCCAAUCUCAUUGCCUCUCGCCAGCUCCAUUUUAGCAAGAAUCGCACUCAAUAGCCGUGCGAUUCACAAUUAUCAUGUAUUUACCGAUACCUCGGGAAAGCAGUGUGUUUUGUGGACCUGAGACCGCCGUUGUUUCCAGAGGCGAAGCCAAGGGCAACAAGUGCGUUCGAGUGGCCACAAAACACACUGCUUUCCCGAGGUCUCAGUAAAUGCAGCUAGGUCUGUGUAUGCAUCAUUUUGUAGUGCGUCCAUGAGCAUGGAGGUGGAUUUACAGCUGCAAACUAUCAUUGCGUCUGCCGCAAAGGAUUUUAUUUCCCUGAUCUUAAUGCGGAAAAGAAAUACUUUCAUGGAAGUGAAGUUUUAGCUGCAAAGGGGAAACCAAAUUAUAAAUCAUACGACUGUCUACCGUGCCGCAAAGGUUGCGAAGAAUGUGUCGAUGAUACGCCGUGUAUGUAUCAGAGAAAUAUGUUACUGAGGACCGUGCUUCUUACAAUCAAUGAGAUCAUCAAAGCAGUUGCAAUUGGCUUAGGUGUGUUUGUCUUCGCCUUCAGAGAGAACAAGGUAUAUGUAACAUAACUAAUGAAACGAAAACGAAACACAAAAUAAAUCCAAAAACAAAACAAAAUACGGACACAAAACACGAAACACAACACAGCACAAAAAAGCAACACAGUACUGUAGAAUACUAUGACAAUUACUAUUGUUUAAUUUUAGAUUAUUAAAGCAUCCAGCCCUGUUUUCAUGGAAAUUAUUGUCUUUGGAGUUGUUCUUAUGUAUUUUGAAGUAAGAAUCCGUAAAUUUAUCCAAUAUGAUUUUCGGAAGAAGCACUUUCUCAAAACACUUUUACAUGUUGCCUUAGAGCUGCAUGCACAGGAGUUUGUAUGUGUUUGAUUUAUCACAGGUAAUCUCAACUGUUUUAGGGUAAAAGGACCAUGGCGGUCAACAUGGCGUACGUGCCAAACCAGAAUUUGGGACAAUAAUUAUCAUGGAAGCAAAAACUAUGCUUAAUUUAAUACGAUUAUUGUACAUUUCAUAAGGAUUGUCAUUCUUUACUCUAAAUAUAAUACAUUUUAUUUCACUCCCCCCCAACGAGAACACGAUUUCAGCCAUAUUUUGCCGUCUUUUUGCUUUUUAUCGCCGAGUCUCGCGAAUAUCACCCAGUUGUUGUACUUUACAUAAAGGUAAAUGGCUAAAGAUAAUAUCAACCAAGUUUCAUCAAAUUUUGAAGCAGUGCAAUGUAUUUUAUUAUCGAUAUUGUGUCCUUCGAUAGUUGGUCAAAUAUGUCGCCAUUGCAAUUCCUCGUAGCUUCUCUGCCCGAUAAAAGCCACUUAUACGUCUUUGUGUGUAUUUAGAUUACAGAAUCCAAGAGAUUGUAAAAUAGUCCCAAUGGCAAAAUUGAAAAAAAAUAAUUGCACUUGAAAGGAAAAAACCUUCCAGAACACAUUUUGGAUCAUAAUAAAAACAUAUAAUUCGAAAUCUUCGCAAACACUUUUCGGGGGGGGGGGGGGGGGGAGAUUAUUACGUUUAUUCGCCACCACAGCAAUCCAAUUAUAAAUAUAUUAUAUUUAUUGUAUUUUUAUGAUAUGUGAUGAAAACAAUAAAUAUUUGCUUAUGUUUUAUCAUCAAUCAUAAAAAUGCAAUAAAUAUAAUAUUUUAGUUGGUUUGCUGUGGCGGCGAACAAACGUUUACUGAAAAUAUUAUAAAAAUGUUAUGGGAGCUUUAUUAGUUUCAGGUACAACUAAUGUUUCGCUUACGAGGCAUUUCACUGGCGCCAUAUUUGACGAAAUAUCGAAGGACACAAUAUCGACGAUAAAAUACGCUGCACUGCUUAAAAACUUGACAAAACUUAGUUAAAAUAUUCUUUAGCCAUUUAUCAUUAUGUAAAAGUACAACAACUGGAUGAUAUUUGCGAGACUCGGCGAUAAAAAGCAAACAAGGUGACAAAAUAUUGCUGAAAUCGCAUUUUCAGGGGAACGUAAGUGAAAUAAAUUGUGUUGUUUUUUAGCACGUUUAGAAUGCUAAAGCCUUUACCGGCUUGAAUAAAUUCAAGUGACAAACAAAUUAGGAUUUAACAAUAUACAGUGUUAAAUAUCUCCACAUGACCGACAUGGCAAUUUUAACUUAAUUUAAAACAGUUGAAAUACAUCUACUAAAUGAAACGCAUACAAACUCCUAUACAGAUAAUACAGUAUGGCAAUUGAUAAAACUAGAAUAGUGAAGCGAAUAGCACGAAUGGUGCGAAUAGUCGACGAAUAGUACGAAUAGUCCGCGAAUAGUCGACGAAUAGUACGAAUAGUCCUCUAAUAGUUGACGAAUAGUACGAAUAGUCCGCGAAUAGUCGACGAAUAGUACGAAUAGUCCGCGAAUAGGCGACGAAUAGUACGAAUAGUCGACGAAUAGUGCAAUGGAGACUUUGCAAGGUUUUGCAGCAGUGCCGUAGAACUAAAUUUACCGGGGGGGGGCUCUAUUGACAAACAUGAAAUCGUGAAACAUUCGUUGACGUACGUCAAUGACGUCAUACGUAACCGGUAAAAAUUACGGGAACCACUGAGUACUUUAAUAAAAUAUAAAACAACGGUAACUUAGCCUGCGUAGCAGGUGCAUUCCCCCCUAGCUUUUCCCACCCUCGCCCUCCCCCCUAAAUAGCGCCUGCUACGCAGGCUACGGUAACUUCGAAAAUAAACAUUUUAAUAUUCUAGCUUUCGACUAAAAUUCAGUCAUCGUCAGGAAACAUAUUUCAUAUUUUUUUAAUUAAAAAUCAUUCCUGGUGGUGGGUGGUAACCGUAUGAGUCAUGAAUUUUACUGAUGGAAUUUUAUUGGAAUUUUACUUGUAAGUUGUGACUUUGUUAACUGAAGAUUUAAGGGCUUAAGUGAUCACGUGUGCUUGGAAAACGUGAUUUAUAUUACGAAACAAGAGAAGCUAUCGAUCUAUUAUUUAAGCCCGUUUUUGGGCGAAUUUGUUCGCGCGAAGCGAAAACCAAAUUUCGGCAAUGUGAUUGGUCAGCGAAAAAAUUUGCCGCGAAAAAGUUGGAUCAGUUCCUACUUUUUUACUUGUCGCUUCGCGCGAACAAAUUCGCCCAGUAGAAAUAGUCAUUCUAGUGACUGUCAUUCUACUUCCUGUCAAAAAUUUGUUAAAACUCUGUGGUUCCCGUAACUUUUAUUACCGAUUACGUAUGACGUCAUUGACGUCAACGAAUGUUUUCACCAUUUCAUGUUUGUCAAUAGAGCCAAACACCCCCCACCCCCCGCUUCGGUAAAUUUAGUUCUACAGCACGGUGCAAAGCCUUGCAAAGUCCCUAUUGCACUAUUCGUCGACUAUUCCUACUAUUCGUCGACUAUUCGCGGACUAUUCGCACUAUUCGUCGACUAUUCGCGGACUAUUCGUACUAUUCGUCGACUAUUCUCACUAUUCGUCGACUAUUCGCGGACUAUUCGCACUAUUCGUCGACUAUUCGCGGACUAUUCGUACUAUUCGUCGACUAUUCGCACUAUUCGCACUAUUCGCUUCACUAUUCUAGUUUUAUCAAUUGCCAAUACAGUAUAGACAAAUAUAUUUUUGGGUGAAAUUUCAUAUAAACGUCCCAACGCUCGAAAAAGUAUGGAUGUAAGAAAUUGCUGUAUAUAAUUUUUUUUUACAAUCUGAUGUUUUAGAUCACACUCGGGUAUUUGGAAGAUUCUGUUCUGCUUUGCAUAGCAAGAUCAUGGCUCUAUCAUACCGGAUUUAUUUUGUCCUUUGGAUCACUGUUUUUAAAAACUUGGAGGUAUAAAACAUUGUUUUUGUCCACAAAGCAGUUGAUACGAAAAACAGUUGAAUUCAAAUCGCUCGUGAAUGAGGUCAUUCAUCACAACAGUUGACAUAAACUGAACUUAUUCACCACAACAACACACCAGUCCUAAGCUAAAAUAAAUUAAAUUAAAAUAAAACAUUUUACACGUUAAACAAGCAUUUUAUACGUUAUUUCUUUCCAUUUAUAAGCAUCACAAAUAUACAGUAAAAUAUCGGGUUCAAUAUCCAAAAUUGCAACAUACAGUAUUAAAUUUGGACGUCCAUAUUCCACAUCCCGGCGAAGUGUAGACAAUUCACACAUAGACUCGUUUCUUAUACAGAAUGUUUUCAUUUUCUAGAAUUGCGGUAAUAUUUCGCUUCCAUAAAAACAAAGCGGUAAAGAAAAGAGACACAACAUUACUCAAAUAUUUGUCAUUAAUGUUGAUUGCUGUCUUGUGUUAUCUUAUGAUUUGGACAUGGGCGCAGACGCAUGAGUAUGAAAUUGAAAAGACUGCCGCUGGUUAUAAGUACAGACGUUGCGUUCGAAAAUGGUUUUCGAAUGCUAUUGCAAUAGGCAAGUAAUUAUCCUGUCAGAACAAGAUGAUUUCAUUUCAGACAUAAUGUUGUCUACACUCGCUGACUACAUGAUACCGACCCAGUUGAAUUAAAAUCAAUCACCCAACAAUUACGUAUAAAACGUCGUGGUCUAAAUGCCGUUUCCGACUACAACAAUCGAUUACAACAAUCAUCCGAGCAAUCCUUUUUGAACAGAUGCUGUAGCUGUCCAGUUUGACAGUUUAUGGCCUGCUUUAGUUCGCGUAAUUCCCAUGCGUGCACAACAUGCAAUUAUAGUGGAAAAACAUUUGACUUUCUUGGCCUCCCACCGCGCGCCACUAAUUAUACAUCGCUAGUCCCGCAUCAACCUCGUUUCCAGGGUCUGUCCUUUGGACAGACCCUGCGGACGAGGUUGGUUCUACACUUGCAAAUCACGGCUUUUAUUUAAACAUUCGUAAAGUUUCACGGUAAAUUAAACCAUUGCCAAUGUUCAAUUGUAUAGGUGAGGUGCUUCUUCUCUUCUGCGGUGUAUGGUUGUGUCUUCGUGUCCGCAAAACUCCGUCAGCUUAUAAUGAAAGUAAAUAUAUUGCGUGGUGUAUCUAUAACACUGUAUUUACGAAGAUCCUCGUCGGCCUGUUGAGGUUGGUUAUUUUAUACUUUGAAUUUAAAUAUUGCACUUAAUCAUUACAAGGUAAUCCAGAAGUCAACUACACAUGCAAAACUCUCACAUCUUGUCAACAAGAUGUGACUGUUCCAAAUGGCCUUGUAGGAAGGCUGUCAACAAGCUGAAACAAAGUGUCAGUUUGCCUAUUUGUUAUAAUAUUGUCACGAUCAUCACUUCUUAACAAGUCGAUAAUUAAAUGCAGUUGUUGAUCCAAUUCGAGUUGUCAAUAAGCUGGCAAAGCGCUGGUAACACAUUGUAUAACAUGGAUGUCAAAUGUUGGCAUGGAAGGUAACCCAGUUACCUGCAAGUGACCUGAGCUACUGUAACUGCAUGCAUGGGUCAGAAGGAAUUGAGCUCAAUAUCGUAUCAGAAAUUCCCCAUUAUCCUUUUGGUAUAUAUUUGUAGAAUAUGUUCAGAUUUGCGUGAAGUUUUUCCAUGUGGUAGAUAAUAGAUGUUUUUUUCUAAAAAACUCAAGGUUUGAGUGAUGUUUCUUGUAGCCAAAACUGAUAUUCUGAGGCUUAAUGUCUCACCCCCCCCCCCCCCCCCCCCCCCCCCCACCUCCUUGCAGAUAUACAGACACAAAUCCUGAUAACAAGUUGUUGAAACAGGAUUGGUACAAAUUUGCUGCAGGUUCGUUACAUCUCCCGAAGUACGACCAUCGGAUUGUGAAUGUCAAUAUUAAUAUCCAUUCUAUACACGAUAGCCAAACGAAACUAAAAUAUCUUGUUACAUAUAAACUGGAUAAUUCCGAUCUGUCAAUUGUGUAUUGUAUAUCUCCGGCCCGACGCGCAAGUCGCAUAUUUGAGCAAUCGAACCUAAGUCAUAGAACCAAUGGUGAAAGACACAUGCAGCAUAACGUACACAGCGCCACAAAAACAGAUCUUUACAAGUCUUAAAACUGGAAAAAGCGGUAGCCUUAUAGCCAAAUUGCCAAUUCACUUUAUAAAUUAUUCCCCUUCAGGAUAGUCUUGGACAACUUUGGCAACCCAGACGUGUCGUACGUUGUGGAUUUCCUCUCGACUCAUAUUGUCGCAACGAUCUUGCUCGCUUUGCUGUUUAUGUCUAAGGUAUGCAUGGUUGUGUAAAUUAUAAUCCAAGACCAACGGCGCGGAGCACCAUUCCAGGGGAAAGCCAGGUCGAGGGUUGUGAGUACUAAUUCCGCAGGGCUAUUUAUACCCGACGAAAGGAAUCAAUAGAAAUAUGUCUAAAGUUCAUCAAUGACGGCGGGUUCAUCACUGUUUCAUGGGCGGGCCUCCCACUGAUCUGAAAAGUAAGGUAGUUUUCAGGAUUGGACCAGUAGAAUCAGGGGCAUUUGAAGAAAAAAAACAUCAACGAGAAACUCGAAUACUGGACAUUUAACAUAUAAUCGCCGAAGGCGAGGUGAUUAUACGGGAAUAUACACCAAGACUGAGACUAAUAAUUGUUUUAGUAUUUUACAUAAGUCUUUUGUGGGGAUUUUUGGGACUUUAUUUUUUUAAUUUCGUUUAUUUUUUAUUAGUAGUUUCCACAAAACGUCUGGUCCGCCAUUUUGCAAAUUUCAAUUUGUUAUACUCACUUGUGCAAAAAUACGGAUUGUCGUAAUUUGAAACUAAAACUAAACUUUUUAAAACAUUUGGUCAAGCGUAUAUGGCUGAAUUUUACAUUAAAUUGAAGUUCAUAUUACGUCUAAUAACAUACCUAUCGUAUAUAUUUGGGACAUUGAUAAUUAUGUAGGUAAAUGUGAUAAAAUCUUGAACUGUCUGUGCCAGUGUAGUUAGUGCCAAUAAUAAGAAGCUUUCGUUGGGAGGGAUGCGACCACCUCAAAAAUAACUCACAUUACAGAAUAAUGUGAUGUAACUAGUAAUUCGAUCCGGAGAUUAUAGGGGAAUCUCUUGAGGUUUGGGCGUCACUUUUCAAGCGAAUAGAUAAAAAUAAUAAAGUGAUCGUGUCGCCAUGACAAUCACCUCAAAUCUGAACUAUUUCAUAUUUGAGAAAUAAUGUUGUUUUCCUGGCAAGGCGAAGGGUUUCUCCAUGCACGUAUUUUUGGUAUAGUUAUCCAUACAAGAAGUAAAUACCAGUGGGAGAGCACCAAUGCGAGGCUUAUCGACUUUAUUGACUUUAUUAAAAACGUUACUAUUUCACCAGACUAGUUAUUUACAAUGAUAUUAAUUAGAAAUAUAAAAGAAUUAGGGAAAAAAGUGUUUUUCCAAUAGGCCGUGUGCAUGCACAAUCUAAAUAUACAUAUUAGCCUAUAUAAAAUCAAAAAAGGUUUUAAAUUCAAUGGCUGGAAAUAAAUUUCCAGGAUGAAAAAUUAACCUGGGACAGCCACAUCGAAAUUUUUUGUAAGAAAGUGACUGGCACGGCUAAAGCCGUAUGUACCAGCUGAAUCCCUACAAACUAUAUAAUAUAAUGCUCUUGUGUAACCCUAUUUUCAUUAAUCCUGUCCUUUGUUGGACAACCGAGGCAAGCAAGUGGAAGAAGAGUUACAAAAAUGUCAAUCUGGCAGCAAAAGUACUGAUCAUGGGUGCAAAUUUUGAUUAGAGAGUGGGAAAGUGUCCCGCUCAGAAAUCAACGACUUGUUGUUGGUGGAAACGGGCGUAAAUUUAAUUUAUAUGCGCGCAUGUAUAUUAAAUUGCUACAUGUCCAGAAACGUUUCUUAUUAUUAUUAUUAUUAUUAUUUUUUUUAUUAUUAUAGAAAGAUUACACAUUGAAUAGCUACAGUAAGUAA